GAAAGGUGAGAUGAGACAGGGUCCUAAGAUCAGAAGGAGAGAGACCACCCUGGUUCUCAGGGAGUUUUCAACACUGUAAGACAGAAAGACUUAAGGAGAUCCAAGUCUCCCAUCAGGGGGAGACACAGGCUCAGCUUUUGGGGACCACAGAUGAGUGGUGGUAAUAAGAGAGCCCUCUACAAAAGGCCAUGGUACGGGAAAGAGAUCAGAGGUGUGGUAAACCCAAGGUGAGGGGUCACUGCAGCCAUCUGGAAGCUAGGGAACAGGCAGAUGGUCAUGCGGGCUGAAGGAUUCCAGGUGGGCUUCCUGUAGGAGGUGGCACUGAAGCUGGCCAGGAAAGGAUCCUGAAUUGAUACUAAAAAAAAAAAAAAAGAUGAAGAUGGAGUUUGCACAAGGGCAUUAGGUUACAGGGCGAGGGCAGGCAGGGGAAUAGUGAGGAGAGGACCCCAGGAAAAGGCAGACUGCCAGAAACUAGGCAUGGGGAGGAGAUCAGGGAGAGAUGUGGGGAUGUGGGACUGUUGGGAAGACCUGAAGUUCCAGAGGGAGAAAACCAAGUUCAAGUUCAAUGCAGGUUAGGGACAGAAGAACAGCCAAGGACAGAGGUAGAGAAAUUCAGCCUUACCCCUGUGCCUUCUUCUUCCCCUGCCCACAGUGCCUUAGAGCCCCUCAGAGCACAGCCAUCUCAGCCCCCUGGGAGUGAGGAGGGCUCCUGGGAAGUAGUGGUAAGGUCCUGGGUGGAGCACAGGCCUCCAUGAGGACAUAGCUAGAUAGUGUGUGUGUGUGUGUGGUGGAAAUAUACACUACAAAAUACCAGUUCAAUACUUCCACACAUAUAAUUCAGAAACCUUGAUGAUUACAUUCUGAUAGCUCAAUUUUCAACUCCAAAUACUUAAACUUACUUGGACUUCUGUUUGUGCUCUCGGCCAGGGCCUGCUGACCUCAGGGGCAGGCCUACUGGUGGUGAAAUGUAAAAUGAGACAGGGUCCUAAGACCAGAUGGAGAAAGACCACACUGGCUUUCAGGGGGAUUUUAACAGUAUGAGACAGAAACACUUAAGAAGACCCAAGCUGGCUGGGGGAGACCUAGGGCACCUGCACCACAGAGCUGAGCUGGUCGUGAAGAGCUCAGAGCUAGAGCACCAACUUUCCUGUUUACAGUCCACACGGGGGAGGGGAGGAGAGGUCGGUGAGAGGAGAAGGGAGGGGUGGCCUGGGGCAGGCCAGGCGGCUCUCUCCAGCUCCAGCUGGGCCUGGAGUUUUAUAGCUGCCACCACCAACGGGCUCAGGCACUCAGCUCCCAGCCCACCACUGUGCCAUGGCCACGAAGCUAGACAGCAAGUCUGGGGGGCUCCCUGCCAGUGGCUGCGACCUGGGUGCCACCCGAAAGCACAAGCAGGUGGUCACCCGCAACUACAUCACUCACCCCCGUGUCACCUACAAGACCGUGUGCAGCGUCAACGGGCCCCUGGUGGUGCUGGACCACGUCAAGUUUGCCCAGUAUGCUGAGAUUGUCAACUUCACCCUCCCCAAUGGGACUCAGAGGAGCGGGCAAGUGCUUGAGGUGGCUGGGACCAAGGCAAUUGUCCAGGUGUUUGAAGGGACCUCUGGAAUCGAUGCCCGGAAGACCACCUGUGAAUUCACAGGGGACAUUCUACGGACUCCAGUGUCGGAGGACAUGCUGGGUCGAGUUUUCAAUGGCUCUGGCAAACCUAUUGACAAGGGGCCAGUAGUCAUGGCGGAGGACUUCCUGGACAUCAAUGGCCAGCCCAUCAACCCCCAUGGCCGCAUCUACCCCGAAGAGAUGAUCCAGACGGGCAUUUCUCCCAUCGACGUCAUGAACAGCAUUGCCCGGGGUCAGAAGAUCCCCAUUUUCUCUGCAGCUGGUCUCCCCCAUAAUGAGAUUGCUGCCCAGAUCUGCCGCCAAGCUGGGCUGGUGAAGAAAUCCAAGGCUGUACUGGAUUAUCACGAUGACAACUUCGCCAUCGUCUUUGCAGCCAUGGGGGUGAACAUGGAGACAGCCCGGUUCUUCAAGUCCGACUUUGAGCAGAACGGUGCCAUGGGGAACGUCUGCCUCUUCCUGAACUUGGCCAACGACCCCACGAUUGAGCGGAUCAUCACUCCACGCCUGGCACUGACCACUGCUGAGUUCCUUGCCUACCAGUGUGAGAAGCACGUGCUGGUCAUACUGACUGACAUGAGCUCCUAUGCAGAGGCCUUGCGAGAGGUCUCAGCUGCAAGGGAGGAGGUACCUGGGCGACGAGGCUUCCCCGGAUACAUGUACACAGACCUGGCCACCAUCUAUGAGCGGGCAGGCCGUGUGGAGGGCCGGGGAGGCUCCAUCACACAGAUCCCCAUCCUCACCAUGCCCAAUGAUGAUAUCACCCACCCCAUCCCAGAUCUGACAGGCUUCAUCACAGAGGGGCAGAUCUACGUGGACAGACAGCUUCAUAACAGACAGAUCUAUCCCCCCAUCAACGUGCUCCCUUCCCUGUCGAGGCUGAUGAAGUCCGCCAUUGGGGAGGGCAUGACAAGAAAGGACCAUGGAGAUGUCUCCAACCAGCUGUACGCCUGUUACGCCAUCGGCAAGGAUGUGCAGGCCAUGAAGGCCGUGGUGGGGGAGGAGGCGCUCACCUCGGAGGACCUGCUCUACCUGGAAUUCCUGCAGAAGUUCGAGAAAAACUUCAUCAACCAGGGUCCCUACGAGAACCGCUCGGUGUUCGAGUCGCUGGAUCUGGGCUGGCAGCUGCUGCGCAUCUUCCCCAAAGAGCUGCUGAAGCGCAUCCCGCAGAGCAUCGUCGAUGAGUUCUACCCCCGCGAGGGGGCGCCACAGAGCCCCGCUGCGGCCACUGCGCUCUAGUCCCGCCCGCGGCCUGGAACUCCUCCCCUCCGCGCCCAUGUUAAUCCGCUCUCUCCCGCAUCCGCCACAGCCCCACACGUCAGAACCCACCGAUUCUUCGCCCUUCAACGCGCUCCAUCCAUCCACUCACCCACCCACCCUCCGUCUGUGGGGGCUCCUACACUCCACUCUUUUCCCCGGACUCCUGGCACUGGGGAAAAAACAGAAAGUGGUUAAGCCUGUAGUCUAUGUUUUGCUCUGCUAGGAAGA